AUGGACUAUUGAUAGAUUUUCAAGGUAGCCACCUUUCUGCCACUGUCUCGCUCGAAAAACUCACGUGGAACUACGAUCAGAGCACUAACAGGAAGAUGAGGCUUUCAGUAACAGCGGUAGCUGUGAUGGUAAUCUUAAGCAGCUUUGGAGGGGCUUCUGGGAUUAGAUUUGUGAUAAAUAGAGAGGAGUGCUUCUCUCACAAGGUGGAAUAUGGCAACACCGUCCAUUUCUCUUUUGUAGUGAUUAAGUCUGAAGGGUCAUGGCAUUACAGUGAAGAUGGUGUUGACCUUGUGGUGAAGGGACCCAAUGGUGAACAGAUCCAUGACGUUCGGGAUAAGAUAAGUGACAAGCACGACUUUGUGGCUUACCACCAAGGAAUUUACCGGUUUUGUUUCACUAACAAGUCCCCCUAUCAUGAAACUGUUGACUUUGACGUGCAUGCUGGACAUUUCUUAUACCAUGAUGAACAUGCUAAAGAUGAGCAUUUUAAACCUCUUUUUGAGCAUAUCGGGAAGUUAGAGGAAGCUUUAUACAAUGUUCAGUUCGAGCAGCAUUGGCUAGCGGCUCAGACUGAUCGUCAGGCAAAUGUGAAUGAGAAAAUGAGCAAAGGAGCAAUUCAAAAAGCGUUGUUUGAAUCGGCUGCUCUGAUUUUAGCCAGCGGCUUGCAAGUCUACAUUUUGCGUCAUUUAUUUGAGAGAAAGCUUGGGGCAUCUAGAGUUUAAUGUUUUACUGGACAGUUCCUCAUUACCUAAUCAGAAAGUCGAACCUAGACAUCAUCACAUAUGAGUAGGUGUUUUUGAUACUCAAUUAGCUUUCAUUUUUCCAUCUCUCUCUCUCUCUUGAUAUUAUUACAAAUCCUGUUUAAGAAGUUAGUUGUGUUGCCUUUUUUCUUUCUAUUUUAACUUUUGGGUACAAAUAAGUUAGUUGUAUUUAUAGCAAACAUUUUGGUUGAUAGUGAAUCUUUGCAAUGAGACUUGCUGCUGUCCUGGUUUUGGGUCAUCAAAAUAUCCGUCCUAUUUGACUAUGGGUGUUAGAAAUA